AUGUAUGUGAAAUGGUUUGAUACAGUAAUGUUUUACUAUGUUAUUUAGUGAAUUUAGUGAAUGUCACUUUUUUGUAAUUUUCAAAUUUCCCGCAGUUCCGUCCCCAUACGUCGCAGGGGACGGAACCCAGAAGACAGAUGCCGGCAUCCGCCGGAGGACAUUACAGGGGACACUGCAGGAGGGACAUUGCAGGAGCGCACAACAAGGUAAGAGAAGAACAGAUCCCAGAGCAGCGCCGCAUGGUAAGCCCGAGUGUAGCUCGGGGUUACCGCUUGUGCUACACUCGGGAAUACCGCCAGGGAGGUUA